AUGUCGAAAACAGUCCAUAUAUCGUCACCUGCCCAGUUCAGUGAGCUCCUGCAGUCUUCCAAGAUUGUAGUGGCAGACUUCUACGCCGACUGGUGCGGGCCUUGCCACCAGGUCGCUCCCAUUUACGAACAACUCUCGGCCGCCCUCUCGCGCCCGGACCUUGUGACGUUUGUCAAGGUCGACACGGAGGCACAGAAGGAAGUUGCCCAAGCUUAUGCCAUCACAAGUCUCCCGACCUUCAUCGUCUUCCGCAAUGGCAAGACGGUUGACAAGGUCCAGGGGGCGAACCCCCUCAAUCUCCAGGCCAUCGUCAAGAAGCUGAGCGAUGAGAUUGAAAACAUGGGCACCGACGCCGAGGCGAGCGGCAGCGGCAGCGGCAGCGGCGUUGACGGCGGUGGUAAAUGGCGAGGCGCAGACCUUCCCCGCGGCUACGGCGACAUCACGGACCAGAUCGAGCUACAGAGAUGCGAGCUCCUCAACGUGGACACAACGACGGGCGGCGUGCGGGUGCUGUUCGACGGCACAAAGCCCAGCGCGCUUAUCGGCGGCAAGGGCACGUCCAAGGAUUGGGUUGAAAGCGACACGGACGAGCAGUUGAUGCUCUUUCUGCCGUUCCAGUCCAUGGUGAAGCUACACACUCUCCAGAUCACAUCUAUACCGCCCAGCGACAACGACGAUGAAGAUGCGCCCACUAGGCCGCGAACAAUCAAGCUAUUCAGCAACAAGCCCCACAAUCUCGGGUUUGAUGAGGCCGAAGACAUGUCCGCUACCCAGGUUAUUGAGCUAUCGGAGAAGGACUGGAACGCCGAAGGCACUGCAAACGUUGGCCUGCGAUACGUCAAGUUCCAGAACAUCACCAGCUUGGUGCUGUUUGUGGUGGAUGCUGAAAAUGGCAGUGAAAAGGUGAGGCUGGACCGGGUUCGACUAAUCGGAGAGGCUGGCGAGAAGCGAGAAAUGGGUAAAUUGGAGAAGAUUGGGGAUGAGCCUGGUGAGUAG